CCUCGAUUCUCUAGUCUCUCUUCCUUUCUCUCAAAUACCUCACCAACAGACUAGCUAGACUUAGAAAGGCUAUACCUUCGUAAUUCCCAAUGUCUGAACCCAGACCACCCGGCGAAACGCGACCCUCCCUAUCGCGGUCCAGCUCAUCCUGGUCAUCAAGCUCAAUGUCGUUCAGAUCCGGAGGAGGUUACGAAGCUGACGACAAAGACAACUGGGCAGGAGCUUUGACUUUGUUGGAUGUCUUUGAGACGUUCUUCGACAGUCGUCUAGAUCUCUUGGAAAGGAGACUAAAAGCUCAAUCCCACCGACUCAAACAAGCCGCGGCCGAACUCAUCCCGCGAGGGCUACGUACCCCUCGAGGCACCCCGCUGGAUCCGGACGACGACUCCCAAUUACGAGGCGGAGAUGAGCAGAGGAGAAACAAGUACAAGAUUGACCCCGAGAGGGAAGUUGAGAGGCUUAGGAUCAAGCUUGCUACCAAAGUCAACGAUCUUUCCAAGCAAUGGCAAUCCGCUCAGAUCGUCAGGACCCGGGACAAGAUUUCUUUCCUGUUCGGCGUAAUGACCCUAACAUUCACCUGCCUAGUCUGCGGUUACGCGCCCGAAUGGAUCCCUACGGCGUAUACCGUCCAGAGCACCUUCUACUUGACUACGAGGUUUUGGAGCUAUAAGAGAAAGGCUUAUCAUUAUUUCCUUUUCGGUUACUUGUGCUACUUUGUCAACAUCAUGGACCUCUUUUACAUCUGGUUCUUCCGGGACAACGUUUACUACUUUAUCAUGUGCUGGUGUUUGACGCUGGGUGAAUCCAACGCGAUCAUCCUGUUUAUCCACAUGUACCCACCUCUUACUUUUAUCGUCAUCCAACACUUUGCUAAGGACCGGGAAGUGAAUUACCCCGCGAUCGUCAAGGUCAAGGAGUUCACUUGGUGGCAGAUGAUCCUGUGGAGCGCAUUGCCUUACGUGCUAUGGCAGGGGAUGUACUGGAAGCUGGUCCUCGUGGACCGACGUGAGAAAAUCGAGUCUGGACAGCGUCAAACCAGUUUCCGAUACAUGCUCAACGACAAGCAUGGUCCGAUCGGCAAAGCCCUCCAGGGAAUCCAGCCCAAGUACCGAGAGACGUCGUUCAUGGCGGGACAGCUUGUCUACUCGCUCGUAUUUAUGCUCCCGGCGGCGACGUUCUUGAUCAAGAGCCCCAACUCUUGUAUAGUCUUCUUGAUCUUUGUCUUUGGAGUUUCCGCGUGGAAUGGAGCUUCGUACUAUGUCGAGGUGUUUGGCAGAAAGUUUGAGAAGGAACUGGAAAAGCUACGCAGGGAGAUGGAAUCGUCACCCCACAGCUCAGCGUCGAUGCCAGGAUCAACGACCAACUCGCCUCCUCGCAGCCCUCGAACGCUUGCCAACACUGUCGUCAAUUCGCAAUCCAGUACCAACAUCGCUGGGCAAUCACAAGCAGGCGAGAACGGCCUCAAGCCCGCUAGAGGCUUGAACGAUAGCCCACUAGCGCUUGGACCUACUCUGGGUAGCGUUUCGUCGGCUGACAUGGACGACUUGAGCUUGGACGAGGGGAAGAAGGAACGGUAAUGCACGACAACCUAUACACGAUAGAUAUCGAAAUCAAGUAUGAACAUCCCUGUACAAUAUCAUGAUCCAUAUCCUGUUC